AUGGCCGCGCCAGGGAAGAUCACUUACACCUACACCGAUGAGGCGCCCAUGUUGGCGACCCAUGCUCUCUAUCCGAUUAUCCAGGCGUUCUGCUCCCAAGCCGGUGUCGAGAUGGAGUUGAAGGACAUCUCUGUUGCCGGACGAGUGCUGGCCCUGUUCCCGGACAUGCUCAAGGAGGGCCAGCGCUCUGGCGACUAUCUGGCAGAGCUGGGGCUCCUGGCGCAGAGCGGCAAGGCACAUACCGCCCUUUGCGGACCCGCUUUGAGCUCUGUGACCUCGUGCCGACCCCGAGAGGCCAACAUCAUCAAGCUGCCGAACGUCAGCGCAUCCGUGCCACAGCUGAAGGAGUGCAUCGCCGAGUUGCAGGGCCAGGGCUUCGCUAUCCCCAGCUACCCCGAAGAUCCCAAGGACGCUCAGAAUGCGCAUGCAAGCACUUGUGUGGUGCACAACUCGCGUGAAGAGAAGCGCGUUCGUGGGCAGGAUGAGAAGGAGAAGGAGAUCAAGGCUCGCUAUGCCAAGGUCCUGGGCAGCGCCGUGAACCCGGUUCUCCGUGAGGGCAACUCUGACCGCCGGGCGGCGGUGCCCGUGAAGGAGUACGCCUUCAAGUACCCGCACUCCAUGGGCGCCUGGUCCAAGGAUUCGAAGACUCAUGUGGCAUCCAUGUCUGACGGAGAUUUUUACGCGCACGAGAAGUCCGUGACGAUUCCGGAGGCAUGCGAAGCUCGUAUCGAGAUGGUGGCAGAGUCCGGGGAGGUCACGGUGCUGAAGGAGAAGAUCUCCCUGCAGAAGGGAGAGAUCUUGGAUGCCGCUCGGAUGAGGAUCCGCCUGGUUGCCUUGGGUCAAAUCUUGUUGAUUUCGUUGUGCAUUGGCUCCGAGAUCAGGCACACGACUUGCCAUGAACAGGGGUUGUCUUCAAAUGCACGUGGUGACGUAGUGUUUGGCUGUUUGGCACUUGACGGCAAGGCGAGCUUCAUGAACUGCACCAUGUUGCGGGAGUUCUUCGAGCGUGAGAUUGUCGACGCUCGGGAGAAGGAUGUGCUGUUCUCGCUGCACCUCAAAGCCACAAUGAUGAAAAUCUCCGACCCGAUCAUGUUCGGGCACUGCGUCAAGGCCUACUUCAAGGAUGUCUUUGCCAAGUACUCCCAGACUUUCGAGAAGCUGGGCGUGAAUGCAAACAAUGGACUGGGUGAUGUGUACAAGAAGAUCUCGAGCCUCCCGGAGGCAGAGAAGGCUGCGAUUGAGGCGGACAUCAUGGCCACCUACGGAAAGCAGGGGAAGAUGGCGUUUGUGGACUCACACCGAGGCAUCACGAACCUGCAUGUUCCCAGCGACAUCAUCAUCGACAAUUCCAUGCCCACGGCCAUUCGUGCGGGCGGCAAGAUGUGGAACAAGGACGACAAGGAGGAGGACUUCAAGGCCAUCAUUCCUGACCGCAGCUACGCAGGGGCCUUCGCUGAGUGCAUUGACUUCUGCAAGCAGCACGGAGCUUUCGACCCAAGGACUAUGGGGGCUUGCCCGAACGUUGGCUUGAUGGCUCAGAAGGCUGAGGAGUACGGCUCCCAUCCGACGACUUUUGAGGCAUCAUGCUCCGGAACCAUCCGGAUCGUCAUGAACGAUGGCAGCAACAAGGUGCUGCUGGGCCAUCGGCUCCAGAAGGGCGACAUUUGGCGCUCCUGCCAAACCAAGGAUGCUCCCAUCAAGGACUGGGUGAAGCUGGCCGUCCGCCGAUGCCAGGCCAACGACUUCCCGGGGAACGACAAGCCAUGCAAAGCAAUCUUCUGGCUGGAUCCUGCCCGGGCCCACGAUUGCCAGAUUAUGGACAAGGUGCACAAGUAUCUGCCGGAAGUCCGCACGGAUGGUUUGGAUAUUGAGAUCAUGUCCCCGCAGCAGGCCAUGCGCGUCACUUGCGAGCGGGCCAAGAAGGGCCUCAAUACCAUUACCGUGACUGGCAAUGUUCUGCGCGACUACUUGACUGACCUCUUUCCCAUCCUGGAGCUUGGAACAAGUGCCAAGAUGCUCUCGGUGGUGCCCAUGCUGGCAGGCGGCGGCAUGUACGAGACUGGGGCAGGCGGCUCUGCCCCCAAGCACGUCCAGCAGUUCACCAAAGAGAACCACCUUCGCUGGGAUUCUUUGGGCGAGUACCUUGCGCUCACUUGCUCCAUGGAGGAUCUUGCCAAGGACACUGGCAACAGGUCAGCCUCGGCCUUAGCUGCAGCUCUCAGCCGCGCUGUCGGCCGCUUCCUGGACGCGAACAAGAACCCUUCCCGCAAGGCCUCCCGGGGUUUCCAUACGGGGAGAGUUCACCGGCAGCUCCAAGUCCCCGUGCAUUCCGUCCACUCCGUGUACUCUCUCUCUGAUGUGGACUGGUCCUUGAGAUGUCUUGCGGAGGUCAAAGAGAUCGACAAUCGCGGGAGCCACUACUGGGUAGCUCGCUGCCCUUGCUGCACUUGGCCGGAGCGGUAA